UGUACCUCUGUAAUUGUGAAGAUCCAUUGGCCUGCCCGAUUGAGGAAGGGGGCUGUUGGCAUGAAUCCAGAAGACUUUCUUCCAGUGGAUAUACCUUCCACGUGGAAGGCUAUGGAAGCACUCUAUGAUUCUGGUAAGGUCCGAGCUAUUGGAAUUUGCAAUAUCUCCACCAAAAAGCUGGGUGAUCUAUUGGAUGUAGCUCGCAUUCCUCCGGCUGUUGUCCAAGUUGAGUGCCAUCCGGUGUGGCAGCAGACCAAACUACGAGAAUUCUGUAAAUUGAAGGGAGUUCACCUCACUGGAUAUUCACCACUUGGUUCACCUGGAACUGCAUUGUACAAGAAAGAAGUCCUCAAGCAUCCUGUUGUUGUUACUACAGCAGAAAAAUUGGGUAAAACUCCUGCUCAGGUUGCUCUUCGAUGGGGCUUGCAGAUGGGCCAUAGUGUAAUUCCCAAGAGCACACAUGAAUCAAGGAUCAAAGAGAACUUUGAUGUUUUCAAUUGGUCCAUACCUGAUGACUUGUUUGCUAAGUUCUCCGAAAUUGAGCAGGAAAGACAGAUUACAGGUAACUUUUUUGUCCAUGAGACGUUCGGCUCAUACAGAACCGUUGAAGAUAUAUGGGAUGGUGAGCUUUGAUCUUGCUGUUUGAUGAUAAAAAUUUGGGACGGAUUGGCUAAUAAAUAUUACUGUCAUAGUCUAUUUACAAUAUUAUGAACUCCAAAUAAAUUUGCUGGAUGCUCUGGCAUGGUUUCUAGUUAUCGUGUGUAAUUUCAUACUGGAAGUUGUCAUGCUUCCGUCGAAACUUUGAAGCUUGUCUUGAUGUUUACGGAGUUUGAAGUUUGAACUAUUUUGUGAAUUUUCAUUCAUUCUAUGGUGCCAAAGCUUAAGCGAUGGUUUUUUUU